AUGGGAACAUGUGUUCACGUUUCUGAGGAUCGGAAUAGAAUAUUGACAUUCUACUCUUCUGAACUGAUAUUUGCUGAGGCUGCAGCGUCACUUAUGAGCCAUAAGAUAGUCUUCAAAAUAUUACUGAACUUUAUCCUGGGGGCAUUACGUUUCGGAUAUGUGAAACCUGCCUGGUUAUCGUGGAGAGCUGGUCGUUCGGUUACUUUUAAUGAUGGCUUGAAUGAGAAUUUGUUUUAUGAUGCUGUAACAAGCAAAUUUUCAGAGGAAUAUGUCUUUGAAAAUAAUGAGACUACAUGUAACAAAGCUAAACCUUAUCUGUCACUAUAUUCUAAUUGGGAGUUGCGACAUCGAAAUUACGCGUAUUUGACAUUAACGACACACCAAGCUCAAACACAUGAUCGAAUAAGACAAGAAGACUUUUGGAAUCCAAGAGACAAUAUUGUCUGUGCAUUCGGGUUGUACAAAACCGUGUAUAAUUGUUUGGACAAAUGGAAUCAGGACGAUAUCGAUAUAUUGAAACUGAUUAGAGAUGCGUGGCCCGACCCCAUGGAGUUGGCUAGUGGAGAAAAGAAAUUAUUUAAUUAUUUAUACAACAAAUGA